AUAUAUAUGUAUGUUAAAAUAUGUAUAUUGUUUAGAAUUUACAAGUGUCCAAGUAAUUAUUAAUUAUUUGUGCGUAUAAAUGAAUAUAAUAUCUCAAUCCUUUGAUCGCUUAAAAUUCUUGUAUAUUUUAAUUGCUAAUGGCAAGAUUUACUGAAAAUCGAAAAUUCGGUAGUGACCUUUAUACCUCUAUUAACAUAAUGUUGACCUUUGCCUGUAAUGAAAACCAGUCAGUUGAUAUAUUUUUGCAAAAAUGUUUUUAAAGUAAAUUUGCGGAACAUCACAAUAAUAGUUUUACGUUAAUUUAAUUUACAGCACACAUUUGUAUGCUUUGGAACAAAGAUAUCCGUCAGUUAGAUAUUUUUACUAAUAUUAAUGUUGAAUGACAAUAUAUGUACGUGUUUGAAAUGUUGAAAACUCAAUUAUUUCGCUGCCAUAAACAUUUUUUCUAUACUCGCUUUUAGUGUGUUAUCAUAUUGUUCCUGACAUUGACAGCUAUGUUACUUCGAAAAUGUUUUUUUGCCAGAUUGUUCAAUAUAUUUCGACUAUAGAUUAAUUUUAUUCUAUUGUGGAUAUCAUCGUGAAAUAUGGAUAACGUGACAGGAAUAAUACGUGCCAUAUAUCGAGGAUUUGUAGAUAGCUUAAAGGGAGCUAUUGUUUUAUUUUAUAUGGACAAACGUAUUAAUGAAAAAUUACUUAAACAACCAUCUUCUAAAGAAAUUAAUAGGAAAGACAUAGUUGCUGCAACUCCUCCCCAAAAACAUUUCAAUCAGUUAAGAGAAUCAAAAGUGUUGAAGCGAACAAUUCAAUGUUGUGCUUUAAAUGGUGGUGUAUUUUGGGCUAGCAUAUUAAUCUUUGAAUGUGGUUUACUCCCAUUUCUUAAGUACUUAUUGACCAUUAUAUUUGGUCAUUCACCAGGGAUGGGUAUGACUGUAUGGUCUUGGAUGAAACCAUUCCUGUCAUUAACUUUUGGCACUGUAUGGGUACUACCACUAUUUGUGCUCAGUAGGAUAGUCAACAGUUUAUGGUUUCAGGACAUAGCAGACAGCGCUUAUAGGUAUAGACAAGGGAGACCAUUACUUUUAUCUAGUGUGAGCAAGCUUGUUGCAGACACGCUUUUCAGUAUAUUGGUUCAAGCAUUAUUUUUGGGUCAAGGAAUGUUAGUAUCCAGGAUUCCGUUACCUCCUAUAGGUGAAAUCCUUGCACUUAUACAUAUGUGCCUUUUAUAUGCUCUCUAUGCUUUUGAAUACAAAUGGUUUAAUAUGGGUUGGGAGUUACAUAGACGAUUGAGUUUUAUCGAGAGUAAUUGGCCAUAUUUCGUGGGUUUUGGUCUGCCAUUAGCAGUACUUACCCAACUGCCCAGUUCGUAUGUAAUAAGUGGCUGUGUAUUUUCUAUACUAUUCCCAUUAUUUAUUGUAAGUGGAAAUGAAGCAGUACCUGUGACUGGUGUAUGCGAUUGUCCAUUAAAACUAUUUUCGCCUGUAAUUGCUAUUGCAAAUACACUUUUCAAUAAAACGAUUGGAUCCACAAACAGGCGGUGACAGAAAAAGAUAUAACAAAUUUAUGUGGGAUAAUAAAUAUGUAGCAAUAAAUUGUACCUUUUUAGGUUUUCACAUAAGUUUUAUUAUUUUUUAUAAGGCAUAUGCUUAAUUAAUUUUUUUUUUGUUAACUCUUACGUUGUCUGUGGGAUUGUGAAUGAGGUUUAUAUUUUCUUAAUUUUCUUUAUCAAUGUAAACAAAAUUAACGAUAUAACUUAUGUACUAAUAACGUUAUUUGUAAAUAGAGAUACAUUCAUAAACUAUGUAUGUAAAUAUGCAGAUAUGAAUUGUAGUAAGAAAAGUCUUUGUAAAUGCAUUAUAUUGAGUAAAAUGUUCAAGACAUACGUUAACGGUAAAGAAUUUAUAAACUUGGUAA